AACUUCAAAUUUGAGGUGAAAAACUGCUUCCGUUAUUAUUUUUUUCUUUCCAUCCAUCACUGUUGUGUUUCUGUGAGGCUGCAGCGCCCCGUUGUUCUCCGGGAGGAGAAGUCCCGCCUGCAUUUCCCUCUGGAGGAGUCGCUCUGUCUGCGCCCCCGACUGGGGAUUGGAGCUGCGCCCUGUCAGUAACGCGGUCCGCCCUUUACGCGCACCGGGAAACCGAGCCAGACGGUGACGACCGGAUCCGCCGCUCAUCAGCUGUCUGUCACUCCAGCCCGCUUCUCCACAGCCGCCUGACCGGGAAUGGAUGGAGAUCUGCAGCCCGCCGACGAGGGGCCUUGCGCGCCGAAGAUGUGCCGCCAGCAGCGGGCUCCGUUCAGCGCCCUGAAACCCUUCCAAAGCAAGCGCUCAGCGGGCAAGCCGCGCUCCGAGCGCUCCGCCGUGCUGGCUGUGUUCGGCGACGGGCAUCACUUCAGUUUCCACCCGGAGCAGCCUCAUCCCUUCCAGCAGCGUCUGGCGCAGCAACCUAUCAGCAGCAGUCAGCAGCAGCAUCGUCUCGGAAGUGAGGUCAGGCCCAGCAGCAGAGUCCCGACAUCCACAGCAUCCUUCGGUCCCCAGCAUCAGCAGCAUCAGCACCAGCGGCGGCUCUCAGCAGCAGCAGAGCCUCGUUUCUCUCCAGACUGCACGUACGGCAUCAGCACAGAGAACCGCCUCAUCCUGGAUGCCUUUGCUCAGCAGUGUAGCCGCGUCCUCAGCCUCCUCAACAACGGUCGCCUCCUGGAGCCCUCCUCCUCUUCCUCCUCUUCCUCCUGUCUGAGCUCCAGCAUCAAGCUGGAAGAAGGGCGAGGAGACCCUCAGGGGCUUCACUGCUCCUCACAAGGGCAGCUCAAAUUUGAGGAGAGUUCUUCCACGACAGACCCUGACGAGGAGGCCCAACAAAGCCAUCUAAACCAGCAGCAGACCUCCGCCGUGCUUCGCAUCUUCACAGACUCCCUGCACAACUACUUGCUGUCAGGCACUCAGCAGCAGCACCUUCAUCUGGAGGACGAGCUGUGUCCGUCAGCAGAGCCUGGAUUAUGGGUGUCUCCCUCCAGACCCAACGUGGGAGGAUGGCGCUCCCCGACUCCCUCGGAGUCCUACGGACAUCCGUCAUCCACCCUGCCCGAGGAGGAGGAGGAGGAGGAGAGCUGCUGUCCGCGAUGUCUGGAGCUGGAGCAGGAGGUGUUGUCUCUACAGCAGGAGAACGAGGAGCUCCGGAGCAAACUGGAGAACGUUCCAGUGCCCUGUCAAAAUGUUCUCGACUACUUCAAGACAGUUCUUGAGUUUCACAACCAGCUGAUCCAACCGCUGCCGGAGGAGCAGCUCACAGAGGAAGAGGAGCGGCAAACAGCCUUUGAGGGCAGUAAACAGCUCCUGGAGAAUUACCCUCUCUUCAUCACCAACAAGCAGUGGGACGAAGCCGUCAACUCUUCCAAGAAAGACGGCCGGCGGCUGCUUCGCUACCUGAUCCGCUACGUCUUCACCACAGACGAGCUGAAGUUCUCCUGCGGUUUGGGCAAAAGGAAGCGGUCGGCGCACUCAGGAGAGCCGGGCCUUGAAAGACGACCGCUCAACCCUGUCAAAGUCAGCUGCCUCAGAGAGUUCAUCCGGAUGCACUGUGGCUCCAACCCCGACUGGUGGAUGCCUUCCGAGGAGCAGAUCAACAAGGUGUUCAGCGAUGCCGUGGGCCACGCCCGGCAGGGCCGAGCCAUCGGGACCUUCCUGGGCAGCAGCGGCAGCAGCACUAGCAGCGUCUACAUGGACGGGUUUGACGGACACGUGUCACAGGACGAGCUGUUCAUGAAAGGCUGCCCGAACGGCCAAUUGGACUGAAGGUAGUGAAGACAGACGCCAAGACAACUGAACAACCACUCGAUCCGAAAACAUUCCUGAAAAGUUCCUCCAAAAUAAUAAUAAUAAUUUGUUGCCUCUUUUAUACCUUCUUUUUAUUCAAGUUUUGUUUUUAAACUACACAGUUAUCGAUGAUACAGAGUUUGAGUCUUCCACAUGCUACUUCUUCUAUGCUUCAGUGUGAGCUGGUUCAUUUAUAGCCGUUAAAUCGAAGAUUUCCGUUAUUUUGUCUUAAAUUAUUGUGAUCUGUCCACAUGUAGAGCUGCAUUCUGAUCCUCUCCAUCAAUUCUGCUGGUUGUUGUCACUGGCCCAAGCGCCUUUCCCUGCAGCCCUUUUGCAGGAGUGCCUCUGAGAAACUCAUGUUUGGUUACUUGCACUUUGAACCACAGCUGAGGAGUCAAAUUUGAAUUUUCAAAUGCCAAGUGUUGCCGCUUUGGUCCCCAUUUUUCACUAAAGUUGCGUUGACGCAUUCAACAGAGCGCUGAACAUGGUGUCUUGAAAGUUUAGACCAGGGGUCCCAAAACUACGGCCCGCGGUCCGGAUCAGGCCCGGCUCCACAUUUGGCCCGGCCCCCACACGGUAUAGGAAAAGCUGAUCGAGACCUACAUAGAAUGUGACAUUUUAUUCCACCCUUCUGCAGUCUGAACUAUGAGGGGAGAGGAUAGACUAUUUAUUGGUUUAAAAGCGAUUCACUUUUUCUUUCUUUCUUUAUUUUUAUUAAUAGUUUUUCUUCCGUACGUUUUUUG